CAUGUAAGCAUGUCUCUAAAUAAUUUUUAAAAGAAACGUCUCUACCGUGUAUGUAGCGUGUACUAUUUGAAAUGCUGCGGGCAGGAAGUGCGUGGGGAGCGGGAGAGACGCUCGAGUCGAGGCUGAGGGGAUCCUCGCAUUACAAUUAUUGAGUUUAGGUUUUUAAAUUAAUGUUUGUCAGUUCUUUUAUUUGUCUCUUUCACGUUAGCUCUGAUUUAUUGAUCUAUUUGUUCGACCAAAAUGACGAAGAAAGUCUGAUCUAAAACUCUUCAAUGUUUGACGACUAAGGACACUUUGCAAUAACUUUACAUGUGACAGUAACCAUUGACAUUACAUUAAUCACAGAAGAUCACAGUUCCAGCUAAAAAUAUUUACUGUUCUACUGAAGAAAUAAAAAAAGUCAACUUGGAUGGCCUGAUGACUGAAAACCUGAGAAGUGUGUCCUGAAGGCCCUUAUCUUUUUCCUGAGAGAAAGUCCUGAAGACCUCAUCAAGGAGUACUUUCUGAGUUGAACGAUAACCCGACAGAUGAUUGAGGAGCAGCUCACCAUGGUGAUGUUCAUUAUUUGGAAGGAGGGGGAGAACUUCAUGAACCAUCUGCUGACAUUGAGGGAGUUAAAGUUUUGAAUCAACUUACUUCAGUUACAUCAGCUUGUGCCCUGCUUCUAGGACACCAAGUGGCAAUAAGAGCGCACAAUGGAAGAUGUUAAGGUAUUAAGGUGUCUCCAAAAUAAGAGGCCAACGUUCACUGUAGGAAGUGUGGGGCCAUAUAAAAUCCAAGUGGAAAGUUUUAGCACUUUAAUGAACGACAGCGAGGUUUCUGAUGAGGUCAUGGAUUCCAUAUGUAAUGUCCUGAGCAAGGAUCGCCCAAGUGUUGUUCAUAUAAAUUCUCAGGCCCUCACAAAAAUAUUGGAUGGAUCCAAAAGGGCAAAGAGCCACUAUUUUCUCAAGAAUAACAUUUUGGAAAAGGCAACAGAGGUGUUUGGUGUGUAUCUUGAAGGUGGCAAUCACUGGAGCUUUUUUCAUUGCAAUGUUGACGAAAGGUGCAUCACCUAUUUUAAUUCACUUGGGGAGACAGAGUGGCAGUGCCAAAAAAUUGCUCAACACUGGUGUGCAUUUGCAGCUUCUAGGGGAGUGAAAGGAGAAUGGGACCUCAAAACCACAAGACAUGAAUUGCAAACAGAUUCAGUGUCAUGUGGCAUCCACACACUUGCAUUUGCCACUGAAUUUAUGAAAAAUGGUGGCUGCAUUACCUCCUUCCAGUGCCCUGCAAUUCAAGAAGAGAGAAUGCGCCUAGCUUCACUUUUGUUUCACUCUUUAGAUCGAACAAAAACAUGUGGAAUUUGUACCAAAAGUGCUGCAGGGAGAAAGAAAGUGGCAUGUAACUGUGGGGCAGUGCUGCAUGUAGAGUGUGCAGCCACACCCAUGUGCUACAUAUGUCAAGAUGACAGCAUCCCAUUGGCCCAAAUCUCUUUGCCUGCACCAGACACUGCACCACACUUGGCUGACCCAGACCAGGUUGUCCAGCCCUCUGGAUCUGCAGAAGGCUUUGCACUACAACAUGAAGAGACAGUUUUAUCCAUGUUGGAGGCCAUAGGAAAACCUAUGGCCUGUUGCAGUGAGGAAGAAUUGGAGGAGGACAAGGAGGAAGAGAAGCAUGAGCACAAUGAAGAAAAACAUAGGGAAGACAAGGGAGUGGAGGAAAAAGAAAGUAAAGUGUACAAAGUUUUAGGAAGGCUAACAGCGCAAGGAAAGACCUACAAGGUAGAUGAAGAUGAGUUGAGGAGGAGGGUCAAAGGAGAAAACAUGUCCACAAACAUGUUCCGAAUGUUGAUAAGGGUUGGCAAAAAAGAUGUUCCACCCAAUGUGCUGCAGCAGCCUAGAAAGGCAAAGACAAAGGUGACAAUAUUCAGCACUUUAACAGAGGGAGAGGCGGAAGACAUUGCCAAGGGGUUUGGCAUGGCACUGGCCAAACAUGUGCCGAAAGAGAAACUACUUUCUGGGAUACCCCAAGAGGACAUCCCAGCAACACUGAGGAGCAUUGAACGAAUGAAGAUUAAUGUGCAAAACCUUGGUCCUGAAUCAGAACUGGAUUUGGCCACUCACCGCUUUGGGCCUACAGCGGCCGAUGUUUUCUUUUCCUUUUUAGAGGACUGUUUGAAAUGAUCUCAGUGACCAUGAGGGGCACAUGUGUACUAAUGUGUGGGUGCUAUCAGCUCAGAUUGUAAACAACAACAAAAAGUUAAGAUAACUUGAUUUGAUCAUUUGAUUUGAUUUUUUAUUAAAUUUUAGCAUUGAAUACAAAAUGCAAGGUUUUUAUUUUCAUAGUCAAUUGUUUUCUAGUAACUUUUACUGGAGAACUCAUAGAUGUAGUGGAGAACAAAUACAAAGUUUGAUAAAAUGGCAAAAAUGCAUUUGAAUAAAAUGGACUUUUCAAAA